AUGCCGGUCAUCAAAUUAACAACUAACAUUGAUUCCAGCGAAAUUUCGGCCGAUUUUCAGGUAAGAAAAAUCAAUCAAAAGGAAAAAAGAUGAUGGUAGUUUUCAGUACAAAUUGGCUCAAGUGGUCGCGAAUUCGAUGGGAAAACCAGUCGAUUGGAUGUUCGUUGAGGUGAAAAAAAAGACUGGGCAUUUCUAGUGACCACUCUAGUAGCUUCAGCCCUCUUAAGAGAUCCCUAGAAUUUCCCAGAAACGUCCGGAGCACGUCCGUUUUGUCCGAGUAUACAAUUUUAAUUGAAAAACUUUCACAACGUGAUUUUUCCCUCAAUUUCCAAAACUUGAUCGAUUUUUCAGAUUUCCGCAGGAGCCAGAUUGUCCCAGGGGCUUUCAAACGAACCCCUGGCCCUCGUGAAUGUAUUUCAUUCACUAUUAACUGGAUUUUAAGACAUUUUUGAGGUAACUUCAAACGGCGGAGUGUCCCGAGAGGAAAAUCAGAAGCAUAUCGACGCGAUUUGCAAAUUCCUCAAAGAAAGCUUGAAGUUGGACAAGGAAAAGGUAAGUUUUCCAGUAGCCUCUUUAUGGCCUUUCAAGAAAACGAGUGGAUACUUGAUAUAUUUUUCCUAAAAAGCAAAAACUUAAAUGAUUGAGGAAAAAUUUGAAGCUCUUUUAUAGUGAUAUUUCAAGCUUUAAAUUGGGCACUGGAAAAGCAAAAUUUAAAAAACUCGUACUUCUGGGAAAUUUUUUAGUGGUCAAAUUAGUGGCCACUAUAGGGACUAACAGUUAGACCCCUAUAGUGACCACUAAGUGGUGCUACUACCCACUAAAAAUUUUCAAAAAUGCUAGGAGAAAACUCAUAGAAAAACUACUAAAGUGGUCACUAUAGAGGUGGUUUUAGUGUCCUCUCCAAGUAGUCCUUGAAAACCCCCUACAGUGGCCACGAAAAAAUCUCCCAUUUCUAUAGAAACCGAUUGGAAAAAAUUUCAGAUCCUCAUCAAUUUCCACCAGAUGGACGGCUCUAUGAUAGGAUUCAACGGAAAACUUCUUGCCAACAAAAUAUGA